ACAACAAAACACAAGACUUUGUGUUUAGUUCAGGGGAGUUAGACAAGAAAUGGCCUUUAAUUAAAUCCAGGGUUUACCCGAAGUUUAAUUUACGCCUUUAUUCUGUAAAAGCUCUUCCGGUUAGCCUAGCUGCUAGCUCCGCUCAGCCUCCCCGGAAAGAAUCAGCUGAUUCCAGGCUCCAACAUGGAGGACAUGUACGUGAAACCUGGUAACCAGGAGCGGGGCUGGAAUGACCCCCCUCAGUUUUCCUACGGGCUGCAGACGGCUCGCGGACCUCAGAGGAACCCCUUGAGCAAGAGAGCCGUUCCAGCAGCGAAUUCAGGUCCAGGAGCUCCACCCACAGCCCCUCUGUCCUCCAACCCCAUGGCCCCACCCAUGUGUGGAGUAGCUCCGCCUCCUCUGCCAGCUGGACGUCCACCUGAGGCCACGCCCCCUGCCCAAACAGGACCAAUGAGAAGGCAGGGAGAGGCGGAUAGCAGCCAAUCAGAGCCCGACCUGGAGGCUGUGAUGUCAGUGCUGAACAGAGCGCUAGAGGCCUGCAGGAGCUCCGUGAGGGCUCAGGUGUGUAACGAGGUCGCUAAGAGGCUCUGCCUCCUGGAGGACAGCUGGAGGUCAGGUAAACUCAGCCUACCUGUAACCAGACGCAUGGACGUCCUGUCCCAAGAGCUGCAGGCCGGUCACUGGGACUCUGCUGAUGAAGCUCAUCGCUCUCUGAUGGUCGACCAUGUGACCGAGGUCAGUCAAUGGAUGGUCGGCGUUAAGCGGCUCAUCGCUGAGACCCGCAACCUGAGUCCAGAACACCUGAAACUGCUCCAGAACCCAACGGUACCAGCCCAGGACCCAACAGAACCAGCCAAGGAUCCAAUAGAACCAACCCAGAGCCCAGGAUGCCAGUCCUGAGUUUCCCAGAACCCUGGGCGAGAUUCUGUACUGUUCUUCUCAUCUUCUGCGCCGGACCAGUUUCAGUUGUUUUGGUACUGGUACCAUCUGUUUCUGUUCACUUGUUUUGGACUCCUACAUCCUGGGACUCUGAUUCUGCUCAGACAGACCCAUCAUCAGAACCUCAGACGGUAAACUGAACCGGACCUACUGACAUCAGAACUCUGGACUCUUGGUUCUGGAACCAGAACCUCUGUAGGUCAUCAGGUGGACUCGUACCAGAAGAACCAGAACUUUAAGGCCCAGACUAUGAGGGUUCUGGACUUUAGGGAACCAGAACUUCUUCAUCAGAACCAGCUGUUUAGAACCAAACUGAACCAGAGCGGACCAUUCAGCUGAUUGGAUGGAAAGCUUCAGUCGUUUGUUGAUACCAUAGAACCUCAGCAUGGGUCCAGACCCGGUUCUGGAUCCUCAGCUGAAUGACUGGUAAACAUUGACGUUUCCCAGCCCAUAGCUCCGCUCUGAUUGGUCAGUUUUCCUGUAGGGGCCACUCUGAUUGGUCUUCUGAAACGAUUACAGGUUUGACAAUUUCCUCUCUGUGUUCUGAUCCGAUUGUAACCCUGACUGGUUCUGUUGCGGCGCAGCAGCAGAAUAAACAUCUGAAAAGUG